CCGGGGCCACACACGCUCCUCCCCGGUACCUCCUCCAGCAUCGCCCGGGGAGGAGAGGGUCGGGGACAAAAGACCGCGCGGAGCGGACUCAGGACACAGCCGGGGCUCAGCCCACCCGCCCGCCGCCUGCCGGAGCUGCUCGGCCCGCAGCCACGGGGACCGCCGCGGGUCGGAGGCUCGCAGUGCUGGCGGCGAGAAGCAGUUGGGUUUGGAGCGCUUGGGUCGCGUUGGUGUGCGGUGGAACACGCCCAGGGACCCCGGUUCCCGUGAGCAGCUCCGCGCCGCGCCUGGAAGACUAGCUGAAACUGCUGCUCAGCUCCCAAGAUGGUGCCACCCAAAUUGUGUGUGCUUUUCUGCCUCUGCGGCUGCCUCGCUGUGGUUCAUCCUUUUGACUGGCAAUACCUAAAUCCUGUUGCACAUAUGACAUCAUCAGCGUGGGUCAACAAAAUACAAGUACUGAUGGCUGCUGCAAGCUUUGGCCAAGCUAAAAUCCCUAAGGGAAAUGGGCCUUAUUCCGUUGGUUGUACAGACUUAAUGUUUGAUCACACUAAAAAGGGCACCUUCUUGCGUUUAUAUUAUCCAUCCCAAGAUGAUGAUCGCCUUGACACCCUUUGGAUCCCAAAUAAGGAAUAUUUUUGGGGUCUUAGCAAAUAUCUUGGAAAACACUGGCUUAUGGGCAACAUUUUGAGUUUACUCUUUGGUUCAGUGACAACUCCUGCAGACUGGAAUUCCCCUCUGAGGCCUGGUGAAAAAUAUCCACUUGUUGUUUUUUCUCAUGGUCUUGGAGCAUUCAGGACAAUUUAUUCUGCUAUUGGCAUUGACCUGGCAUCUCAUGGGUUUAUAGUUGCUGCUGUAGAACACAGAGAUAGAUCUGCAUCUGCAACUUACUAUUUCAAGAACCAAUCUGCUGCAGAAAUAGGGAAAAAGUCUUGGCUCUACCUUAGAACCCUGAAAGAAGAGGAGGAGAUACAUAUACGAAAUAAGCAGGUACGGCAAAGAGCGAAAGAAUGUUCCCAAGCUCUCAAUCUGAUUCUUGACAUUGAUCAUGGAAAGCCAGUGAAGAAUGCAUUAGAUUUAAAGUUUGAUAUGGAACAACUAAAGGACUCUAUCGAUAGGGAAAAAAUAGCAGUAAUUGGACAUUCUUUUGGUGGAGCAACGGUUAUUCAGACUCUUAGUGAAGAUCAGAGAUUCAGAUGUGGUAUUGCCCUUGAUGCAUGGAUGCUUCCACUGGGUGAUGAAGUAUAUUCCAGAAUUCCUCAGCCCCUCUUUUUUAUCAACUCUGAAUAUUUCCAAUAUCCUGCUAAUAUCAUAAAAAUGAAAAAAUGCUACUCACCUGAUAAAGAAAGAAAGAUGAUUACAAUCAGGGGUUCAGUCCAUCAGAAUUUUGCUGACUUCACUUUUGCAACUGGCAAAAUAAUUGGACGCAUGCUCAAAUUAAAGGGAGAUAUAGAUUCAGAUGUAGCGAUUGAUCUUAGCAACAAAGCUUCAUUAGCAUUCUUACAAAAGCAUUUAGGACUUCAUAAAGAUUUUGAUCAGUGGGACUGCUUGAUUGAAGGAGAUGAUGAGAAUCUUAUUCCGGGGACCAACAUUAAUACAACCAAUCAAUACAUCAUGUUACAGAAUUCUUCAGGAACAGAGAAUUAGAAUUAGGAUUAAAACAGUUUUAAAAGUCUUGCUUCAAAACUGCCUAAAAUUAUGUGUGUGUGUAUGUGUGUGUGUGUGUGUGUGUGUGUGUGAGAGAGAGAGACAGAGAGAUUUUUAAUGUAUUUUCCCAAAUGACUCAUAUUUUAAAAUAUAGGCUAUACUGUAAUCGUGAUUGAAGCUUGAACUAAUUUUUUCCCUUUAGAUGUAAAGAAAGAAUACAGCAUACAAUAUUCA